AUGAUAAUUUCCUACCUCGCUCGAACCGUACUACUACUACCCGAAUUAUCACAAUCUCAAACGGAACAUUUAGCAAAUAUUAUUGAAGAUCAAAAGUUUACCGGUGAACAAUGGAAAUGGAUAAGCAAUAAUGCAUUUAACAGGCAUAAAUCGUGUAUACCUCUAAAUGGCAAAUUACGAAAAAAAUUAAUUCAGGAUUUAUUUGAUGAGAAGACUUACGACAAAAAUACACUACCAACGGAUAAUGCAACUGAAGUGGUAGUAGAAGUAACCGUACAAAGUAUAACAGAAAUCAGUGAAAUUACGAGUAGUUUCAAAGCGGAUAUAUGGUUUAGUCAAAUUUGGCACGAUCGCCGACUUGAUUUUAGGCAUUUUAACUACUGUCUAACGAACUUAUCCUUGGCUGCUCAUAAAUUACCUCACUUAUGGACACCCAACGUUUGUGUUGUUAAUACCAAACAAGUAACAGUGCAUACGUCACCAUCACAAAAUAUUCUUCUUAUUAUCUUCCCAAAUGGAACUAUUUGGCUAAACUACAGAGUAAGCUUGCAAGGACCAUGCCAGCUUGAUUUAACAUAUUUUCCAAUGGAUACUCAACAAUGCAAUCUUAUAUUCGAGAGUUAUUCAUAUAAUACCGCAGACGUGAGAAUAAUUUGGCGUGACUGGGACGCAGUAUCCAUACCUGACCCAAGAAGCAAAUAUUUACCUGAUUUCGUCCUUAUCAAAACCGAAAAUAAAAACACAACACUUCUCUAUACGGCUGGUUUAUGGGAUCAGCUAGAAGUCGUUUUUAUUUUUCGUCGUCUUUACGGAUACUAUAUUUUACAGGCUUACAUGCCAACUUAUCUGUCAGUAUUCAUUUCGUGGAUAGCUUUUUGGAUUGAUACAAAAGCAUUGCCAGCACGAAUUACUCUCGGUGUAAGCUCAUUGAUGGCAUUAACGUUUCAGUUUGGUAAUAUAGUUAAAAACCUCCCCCGUGUAUCAUACGUAAAGGCACUAGACGUAUGGAUGUUUGGCUGUGUUGGAUUCAUUUUCUUAUCUCUUGUCGAGUUAGCAGUUGUUGGAUAUGUUGAUAAAGUGGAUAUGAGAAAAAGACGACGUGCACGAAUCCGAGAACUCGAUUUUCAAACCUACAACGAACCUUGGAUAGUAAAGAACGACACCCGUAUGACGAAUUCCAGAAUUUCAUUAUCGAGUAUGAAUAGUCCAGUAAAAGCUCUGCAGAUGAAUGCACCACUUGUGUACCUUAAUUCAGAUGAGCAGAAUAUAACGGCUGAUAAUACCACUGCACCAACAUUUAGGCGAAUGAGACAGAAAGGUCAUUUCAAUCGCCAUACAAAUUUUACAAAACUGAAGAGAACUGAUGGAGAAAAAAUUGAUGAGGUUAAGCUCUUUUCAAACUUACUCAAAAUUAUCACUAGCAAUACUUAUCGAAAACCAUAUUUUGGAUAAGG